AUGCCUACUUUGACCGGGGAGGCAAAUACUGCUGUGGCGAGUAGCUCCAAAGAUGUCGAGAAGCACUGGAAUAAUUGGCCAAACGAAAAGGGUUUUGACCCCGAAUAUGAACAACCUACCCCAGUAGAACUUCAAGUCACAGGCCAGAUUCCUGCAUAUGCCGCCGGAACCCUGUACCGUACAGGUCCGGGUAAAAGCCAGGUUCAAACGGAUGAAGGCCAUCUCUUGCAGGUUUCGCAUUGGUUUGAUGGCUUCAGUCAAACCCACCGAUUCCAAAUUAUCGCGCCCGAUGAUUCCGAAUCCUCACUUCGGGUCCUUUAUAACUCUCGAUUUUCGACAGAUCAGCUUCUUGAAUACGUUCGGAAGACAGGGUCCAGGGAUUCACGCCAUUCAUUUGGCCAAAAACGAGAUCCAUGUAAGGCUUUGUAUGGCAAAGUCCAAAGUGAAUUCGUUCCUGUCGAAGGCCCGUCGAUGUCAAAUGUUGGCGUUACCCUCUCGGUCAAUAUGCCAGGUCUCGAUACUCAGGGUGAAGAAUCUCUCGAUCGCUGGUCCGGUUCCAAGGGAAUUCGAAACUUAUACGCGAAGACCGAUUACAACGAGUUCAAGAAGCUAGACCCAGAAACACUGGAACCAAUUGGUCGAGCUUCCCAGAAGGACUUUCAUCCUGAGUUGACUGGGCCAGUAGUAGCAUCACAUCCGCGCUCUGAUCCAACGACGGGGGAUGUGUUCAAUUUCAACCUUGACAUCGGGGCGUCUUCUACAUACCGCAUUUUCCAAGUUUCAGCAAGCACGGGGAAGACCACCAUCCUCGCGACGUUUCCAGGAGUUCCAGCAUACAUCCAUUCCCUUCUCAUCACUGAAGACUUUGUGCUUCUUUGCGUUUGGAAUUCUCAUGUCAAUCCCCUAAAGGCCGGCAAUGGAGUCUUCAAGGAUGCCAUCAUGCCUACCGACCCUACAAAGCCCGCUACAUGGUAUGUGAUUGAUCGUAAGCAUGGCCAAGGCCUAGUCGCAACAUAUGAGAGCCCUGCUUUCUUCUGUUUCCACACGAUCAAUGCCUGGCAAGAGCCUUCUCCGGAGGAUCCAUCCAAAAUAGAUAUCGUUGCGGAACUUGUCAGAAUGGACUCUUCUGCGGUAAUCGAUCUCCUCAGCUACGAAUUCAUCAAGUCUUCGCUCUCGACAGCCAAGGAACAUAUCGCGAACAGAGGCGAUAAUAUGCGCUCCACAGUCACGCGUUUCCGUCUUCCAACCCUUCCAUCAACGCCAACGCCCGAGCCUCAGAAAGCUAGCAUUGAAUGGUCCGCAUGCAUGAGGCUCUCCCCCGAGUUGCCGACAAUGAACCCUAGCUUCGGCACUAAGAAACAUCGAUAUGUUUACGCUACCACUUCUCGUGGAGAGGCUACUCUUACUGAUGGGCUCAUGAAGUUCGACUGUGAUAAUCAAGAAUCUUGGUUGUGGGCGCGCCAUGGCCAUUCCCCUGGAGAACCGAUCUUUGUCGCUAAUCCAAAAGGCACAAAAGAAGAUGACGGCGUACUUCUAAGCGUGGUGCUUGAUGGUAUGCGAGGCACGAGCUAUCUGCUUUGCCUCGAUGCUCAAAAUUUGAACGAGCUGGGCCGGGCGCAUGUAAAUGGGGGCGAUUGGAUUUGGAUUUCAUGGACAACAUGUUCCCAGUGUUGGUCUACCUACUGGUGA